AUGUCUCAAGGCCUGAAGCCGUUCACGGUUUGGAUCCAUGCGCAGGGUCCCAACCCGAAGAAAGUCCUCAUCGCGCUCGAAGAGCUUGGUCUCAAGUACGAAGCCCUGACGGUAAAGGAUCCCAAGGACGCAAGCUAUCUGGCCAUCAACCCGAACGGCCGCCUGCCCAGCAUCAAGGAUCCCAACAACAAUGAUUUUAUCCUCUGGGAGUCGGGUGCCAUCCUCGAGUAUCUCGUCGAGAAAUACGACAAGGACAACAAGUUGAACGUGACGGACGCGAACGAGAAGUGGCAGGUGAAACAGUACUUGCACUUCCAGAUGUCGGGCCAGGGACCGUACUUUGGCCAGGCCGUCUGGUUCCGCCACUACCACCCCGAGGACGUGGCUAGUGCGAAGGCGCGGUACGGGGAGCAGACGGCGCGCGUCUUCGGCGUCCUCGACACCAUCCUCAAGGGAAAGACGUAUCUCGUGGGUGACAAAUUCACGUACGCCGACUUGGCCUUUAUUCCUUGGGAUGAGCUGGUCAGGACCUUCAUCUCGGACGUUUGGAAGGAGUAUGAUGUGGAUAACAAGUACCCCAACUUUGUCGCUUGGCACAAACGUCUCAUGGAGCGGCCUUCGGUCAAGAAGAUCUACGGCGCUUAG